AUAGGUGUCAUUUUGAAUGUCAGAGCUGUCAACAUCAACACUGUCAAGUGUCAAACCACCUGCCGCACAUUUUUUUGUUGUUGUCACCGGUUCGUGCACCGGUUUUACAAUUUUUAUUGGGAUAUUCAUUGUUGCGCUUUUUAAAAACCCAUUAAAAAAUUAUAAAAUGACUACUAUGGCAGUUACUUCUUCAACACUUCUUCCUUUGGAAUUGGUGGACAAAUGUAUAGGUUCAAGAAUUCAUAUAAUAAUGAAAAAUGAUAAGGAAAUCGUUGGUACCCUCUUAGGAUUCGACGAUUUUGUUAAUAUGUUAUUAGAUGAUGUUACUGAAUAUGAAAAUACACCAGAAGGAAGGCGUAUUACUAAACUUGAUGAAAUUUUGUUGAACGGCAAUAACAUAACAAUGCUUGUCCCAGGAGGAGAAAUGCCUGAAUAAUGAUAAUUAGAUGAUUAAAUUAAGAUGUAAGCAGAUUAAAAAAAUACCAUAAUAAUUUAUAAGUAAAAUACAUUUGAAUAAAAUUUUGUGUUUAUUUGUAAUAAAUUUAGAUUUGGGAAGGUGUAAUUAUUAAUAAUAAUUUAACUACCAAUAUAAUUUGCAUUGCAUUAGAAAUUUUUAAUGGGUUCUACUCAAUGUAGACUUAUUGAAAAUGCUUUCCAGUUAUGUAUAAAACGGGUUCCUUGCAGGGAUUUGUACAUUUAUAUUAUAACCUAUAAGAUAUUCAGAAAUUUAGCUACUAGAAAUUAAAUCCAAAAUUUUCUGUUCAUUAUUUUUACCAUUAGUGUUACAUACAUGCUUAUCACUGCAUUUUUUUUUUUUUUUUUUUUUAUGACAGGAUUAAUUAUAGUAAUAACAUGAUUAAUUACAACAAUAAACAAAUUAUAAAUUAAUCAUAGGUAAAUAAGUUAGCACCUAGGUGUGGGCACCUGUAUGUGCUAGACAGACUAAAAAACUAAUACAUAAAGAUUAAAAAACUAAAAUAUAAAGUUAAUGUAUUUUUAUAUAAAUGUUAAAUGUAAUAAGGCAGCAAUGUUAUAUUAUAUUAAUUUUCUUUAUUUAGCUUUGCUAAUACAAAAAUAGUACAGUUUUUAAAACAAUAAGUAUAGUUUAUACAUUAUGUAUAGUGUCUAAAAAUGAACAGGA